AUGCCGGAUCUGACUCUCGAUAGACUUGCGCGACCAUCCCUCUGCUAUCAGUCCCCCCUCCCGACGUCCAACGCACCUAUCUCAACGAAAGCAUCUCUAGCUUACCCAUCGGGAGCCUCCGAUGAUAAAUUCAUUCUAUCGCCCCUCCUUACCUUACCCCCGGCAUUUGGGUCUGUCUACGUUGGAGAGACCUUCGGGUGCACCCUUAGCGCGAAUAAUGAAAUAGACGACGAUGACGACAAUGACGAUGAACGAAUCUUGACCUCUGUGCGCAUCGUCGCAGAAAUGACCACACCUUCGUCGGUCGCGGCAUUAGAGCUUGACCCGCCCACUGACACGGCAUCAACAGACGGCCUCAAGAUCGGCGAGUCAUUACAAAAGAUUGUACGAUUUGACCUGAAAGAAGAAGGGAAUCACGUGCUCGCCGUCAGCGUCAGCUAUACCGAGACGAAAAUAGGAUCGGACUCGCAGGCCGCCAGUGGCCGGGUGCGAACCUUUCGCAAAUUAUACCAAUUUGUGGCACAACCAUGUUUGAGCGUGCGGACCAAGGCUUCCGAACUUCCGCCCCUGGAAGUGGACAAUAAAUCGCUCGGCCCGUACGGGAAGACGAGAUUACUCCGAUAUGCGCUGGAAGCGCAGUUGGAAAACGUGGGCGAAGGCGCCGUGGUAGUCAAGCAAACGAAACUCAAUGCCAAGCCCCCGUUUCAAUCAAAAUCGCUGAAUUGGGAUACCAUGAAUUCCGAUAUGCCGCCAUUGCCGACCCUGAACCCCCGGGACGUUCUACAGGUGGCCUACUUGGUGGAACAAGAAGAAGGCCAGAACGAGGGCCUGGAGACUUUGCACAAGGACCUCCGCCGCGAUGGCCGUGCCACGCUGGGUCAAUUGUCGAUAGAAUGGCGCGGCGCCAUGGGCGAUAAGGGCUUCCUGACGACGGGCAACCUGAUGAGCCGGAAACGCACUUGA